GGAAGUUGUUGUGCGUGUAACUUGUGUGCGCUCCCUGUGUUUCUGGAACUGUUCCACUCAAACUCCAAGCCAGCCUGGUGGAUUCUGCGAAAUAUCGCACAGGUCUUCUGAAGUCAUUGAGACUUGAAGACCUAAUUUAGUCUUGAAAUCACUGCUAGGUUGUUUUGCUUCAUAACCUGUCAAUAUGGAGCAGAACAACAGUAUACCACCUUUUCCUCAAGGGCUGGCUUCUCCACAGGGAGCCAUGACACCUGGCUUGCCCAUUUUCAGUCCUAUGAUGCCGUACGGCACGGGUCUUACACCACAGCCAGUGCAGAACACCAACAGCUUGUCCCUCCUGGAGGAGCAGCAGCGACAGCAGCAGCAACAGGCGGCCUCGCAACAGCAGGGUGGGAUGGUGGCGGGUUCAGGCCAGACACCCCAGCUGUACCACUCACAGGUCUCCACGACCACAGCACUGCCAGGCAACACUCCACUUUAUAACACACCUCUCACCCCUAUGACCCCCGUCACUCCUGCCACACCGGCCUCAGAGAGCUCUGGCAUUGUUCCCCAGUUACAGAACAUUGUGUCCACUGUAAACUUGGGGUGCAAACUUGACUUAAAGACGAUAGCACUUCGAGCCAGAAAUGCUGAAUAUAAUCCAAAGCGUUUUGCUGCCGUCAUCAUGAGAAUACGAGAACCCAGAACAACAGCCCUCAUCUUCAGCUCGGGGAAGAUGGUGUGCACAGGAGCCAAAAGUGAGGAACAGUCCCGAUUGGCAGCCAGGAAAUAUGCCAGAGUGGUGCAGAAGUUGGGUUUUCCUGCCAAAUUCUUAGACUUCAAAAUUCAGAACAUGGUGGGCAGCUGUGACGUCAAGUUUCCCAUUCGAUUAGAGGGCCUGGUGCUUACACAUCAGCAGUUUAGCAGCUAUGAACCAGAGUUAUUUCCAGGAUUAAUCUACAGAAUGAUCAAACCAAGAAUUGUCCUUUUAAUAUUCGUUUCAGGCAAAGUUGUACUCACAGGUGCAAAAGUUAGAGGAGAAAUCUAUGAAGCGUUUGAGAAUAUAUACCCAAUCUUAAAAGGAUUCAGGAAGACUACAUAAUCUCUGGGCAGAGCACCAUUCUGUUAUCGCUGGUGAAUUACUGGCUGAGCCCACCGGUAUUUCUGGGGUGACCUACAGUGUUUCAUUUACUUUUGUAAGCUUGUAAAUAUGAAGGACACCUUUUUCUUCACUCAGAAAGUGAACUGUUUUGAGGAUAACUUGUUUUUAUUUGACCUUUUUAAAAUGUUUCUCACUUGCCAUUCGGUUUUCAAAAUACUGUUUUAUCCAUGUAUGAUCAUUUUAAAGAAUUCUUUUAUGGUUUUAUUAUGUAUGUUCAUCAUUUAAUAGAUGCUUUUACACAUUCCCUUUAUUAGCAGGUUUUAUGUGUUUUGCAUUACUGAUGUCUGUGUUGACUGCCCAUCAGUGAAAGAAUAAGGCUGGGAAGUUAUGCCUAUGUUGACCAGUCCGAGAAUAUUUUUUUUGAAGGAGCGCUUUUUUUUUUUAACAAAGCUUUGCAAACAAGUUUGCGAAUCCUUCAGUUGUUGAAAUCAUGUGGAUUUGAUGUUUUAAGUUACAGUUUUAAAUAAGAUGUUACAGUUGGCAAAUCUAACGAUCGAAUUCACAUGUCAUUGUAUAAUGUGCUGUAGGUCUCCCAGUAACCCCAUGUAAAGCACUGACAUCAUUUUAAUUUAAUUUGUUUGUCUAUGUAACUAACUUUGCUACAUUGAAUCGAAAUAAAUGUUUGCCAACUUCA